CAGAAAAACACGUCUAGAGGUCAAAAAGCGUCACAAAGCUGAAGUAUUCCAAGCUCUAAUCAUUUCUUUGCAAGAUUGGCAUCUCACGGUUUCUCCGCACAUGUUUCUACCGAGGAGCACCGAUUCAAACAUUGCAAGUCCCAUAAUGUAUUUAUCAAACUGGCCCAGAACAUCGGCUUUCCAACGACCGAAACCGCGGCGUGAUGAGAGAAGUGAGAGAAAUCCAGCUCCAAAGAGUUUUAUGAUUGAUGACAUUUUAAAGAGGGAAGAGCCAACAAAUCAGAGAGGAAAACCUUGCGAACUACGUAAGUCAAAUCUUUGUGCAGCUACCACGGAAUCAAGCCAUUGUAACACCGCUGUCCUCUGCCCAGUCCCCAAGUAUUUCCGCUCCUUUUUAAACGGCAGCCGGAGUUUCCGAAGAACAAGAACCGUGUUCUCGCACGAGCAGCUGAAAAUGAUGGAAGAAAGAUUUAACCAAGACAAAUAUCUCUCUACCCACGGGAGAAACGACUUUGCCCAGCGGUUGAAGCUUACACCGUUGCAAGUGAAGACGUGGUUCCAGAAUAGACGGAUGAAGUGGAAAAAGGAAAUGUUAAAGAAAGACCCGAAAGCCGUGACCACGCGAGCGAAAGGCCGCCCUAAAAAGGACGAGUUUUGAUUCAGGG